CUAACCAGACGGAUCAUGAAAGCCCCAAGCUGAUCCCUUGACUAAGUCAAGUAAGCUGCCGAAAGUCAAUCUGUUUUCAUUAAUUUACACUGUAGUGGGAGCUGAGAAGGUUUACUUUCGUCUCUAGCUAACCAAUGAAAAUGGGUUUCCCAACUCUAGUCUGACCCUGCAAUUUUCAAGUCAACAAGCGCGUUCUGCUUUUGAAGGAGAAGCAGCUGGGGCUCUAUAUUGAGAAGAAGAACAGUGAAGAAACAUUAUGAUAUAGAGAAAGCUUGAAAUGGCUCUGACUCGUCUUGUGUUUUCUGUUGUGUUCUUCGUCAUCUUUUAUCUUUUUCUUCUUUGUUUGGCUCAAGAUGAAAGGAAAAUCAAUCCAAAAUGUCCACCUUUCUCCUGUGGUUCACUGGGUGAGAUCGGCUUCCCUUUCUCCAAUCGAACGCAUCCCGAGUGUGGCUUAUGCACAGUAGAUGACUGUGACAAAACUUUUCAGAAGAUUCAACUGUGGAAUCAUGGGCCACAGUUUUAUGUUUUAAGCAUCUCUCAGGAUAACAUGGUCACCCUUCGUGACCAGGAACAUCUAAAUCUGUCGGACAGCCAUAACUGCGGAUCUUUAAAAAGGUUGUCUAUUCCCAUCUCUCCUUUUCUCUCUUUUGAAAUCCCUUACAACCAAAACGUUUUCCAAUGUUCUCUCACUUAUAAUAAGCCCAAAGAUUUCGGUUUGGCUUGCAAUGACUCCAAACACUUAUUUCUCUACUAUCUUCCUACUGCUAAAUUGCCAGAUCUUCUGUCUCAGUGUUUACAUAUUCCCUUCAGUGUGAAUAAGACACGGCAAAGUGUUGAAUAUAUCAAUUUGUCGACUUAUGAAUUCGCCUUGGGAGUACAUGUGACACAAGAAUGUCUUAGUUGUUAUAAGGAAGGAGGGCAAUGCCAGACUGACCGCGAGGGAAAGUUUAAUUGUUCAGUGACAGUAAGAACAGGGGAUGGGAAAUUGAGAUUUAAGCUCCGCAUUGGAAUUGCUAUAUCAGUCACUAUAUCUGGAAUAUUGAUAGUUGUAGCCUUUUGCGUCUACAAAUCAUCACCAUAUACUUCGAUGGUCUUUUGGAACAAGAAAACUAAGAGUCACCAAAACAUCAAGGAAUUUUUAAGGAAACAUGGAUCACUUGCGCCUAAAAGAUACAAUUAUUCUGAUGUUAAGAUUAUAACCAAUUCAUUCAAACGUAAAGUAGGCCAAGGAGGAUAUGGACGUGUUUACAAAGGCAGGUUCCAUGAUGGCCGUAAUGUUGCAGUGAAGGUCUUGACUGAAUCUAAAGGUAAUGGUGAAGAAUUUAUUAAUGAGGUUGCUAGCAUUAGCAAGACUGCCCAUGUCAACAUAGUAACUCUUUUAGGCUAUUGUUUUGAAAGUCAUAAAAGAGUUCUUAUCUAUGAGUUUAUGUCGAAUGGAUCUCUAGAUAAGUUCAUAGGUGAAAAGAAUCUGUUGCAGUGGGAAACAUUGUUCCAAAUUGCAGUAGGCAUAGCUCGAGGGUUGGAGUAUUUACAUCGUGUUUGCAACACAAGAAUUUUGCACUUAGACAUAAAGCCUUAUAAUAUUCUCCUUGAUGACGAUUUUUGUCCAAAGAUCUCUGAUUUUGGUCUGGCUAAAAUUUGCCCCAACAAAGAAAGUAUUGUAUCAAUGGCAGCUGCACGAGGGACUAUCGGUUAUAUUGCUCCCGAAGUAUUUUCAAGAAACUUUGGAGAGGUCUCUCACAAGUCAGAUGUUUAUAGUUAUGGAAUGAUGAUUUUAGAAAUUACUGGAGGAAGACAGAAUAAAAAUGUUGAAGGUGAUAAUAACAGUGAAAUAUACUUCCCAAAUUGGAUUUACAAACGUCUUGAAGAAGAUGAAGAGCUUGGAUUGGAUGCUAUUUCAAAUGAAGAUGAUAAAAAGUGCAUAAGAAAGAUGAUAAUAGUAAGCUUGUGGUGCAUACAGACUAACCCCUCAGAUAGGCCAAAAAUGAGCAGAGUGGUGGAUAUGUUGGAAAACAGCCUUGAUUUGUUGCAAAUCCCACCAAGGCCUUUCUUUUCUUCUCCUCCAAGAUUACUUCUAGAUUCUUCAACAUAGUUGUUAAAGUAAUAUUGUAAUAGCAUGAUGUACCAAAAUUGUCCCAACAAAGAGAGACUUGUGUCAUGAAAACUUGAAUUCAUCAUCAUAAAUGGAUGUCAUAGUUUCAAGUGUUUUUUUCA